AUGUCACUCGAGGUGGUGAGGAGAGUGCUUGCUGCUGCUCAUUCUGCAGGAAAGACAACUGCCAUCUUCUGCACAGAUGGUGACGAUGCACGCCGAAGGGUUUCCCAAGGCUUUGACGUGGUCUCUGUAAAUACUGAUGUUAGUGUUUUGAAGAACGGAAUGUUGGGUCAUCUUCAGAAAGCCAAGAGUUCUAAACUGUCGGUGUGA